AUGAGUACAGCGGGCCCCAGACUCCGCAGUGCCCCGGCCACCAGCCCCCUUGCCUUCCUCACAGCUCCAGUCACUCCUGGGACCCCUGUGGAGGCAGCCGACCCCCUCCCUGUGCUCAUCGCCCUGGCCUGCGUCUUCCUUCUGCUGGCCACCUGUCUGCUGUUCCUGACGCUCUGCAAGCCCGCCGCACUGGACCCGAGCCGCCACAGGGCCCGCGAGUGCAUGCCCCACCACCCCGGGAGCCCCAGCGAGCCCCAGCUCCGGCUCUGGAAGCGCCUGGGCUCACUGCGCCGCUCCCUGCACAGCUUCCGCCGGGGCCGGCCUGCUGUUCCUCAACACCCCCUGCCGGGCCAUGAUGACAACUGUGGCGACUGUGACUGCAUGGGAUCUACCAAGAUGUGA